UUUUGGCGGUUGGUGACUGGGAUAGAAGGGGUGUUACAAAUCAAUCUCAAGUUGCUUUUCAGAUGGGGAAGAUUGGAGCCAAAUUAAACGUAGACUUCGUCAUCUCCACGGGUGACAACUUUUACAACAGGGGAUUGACCAGCGUCAACGACCCUGCAUUUCUAAAGUCGUUUACUGAAAUCUACACUGCUCAGAGCCUGCAAAAGCAAUGGUAUCUUGUUCUCGGCAACCAUGACUACCGGGGAAACGCUUUGGCCCAGUUGAGUCCGGUCCUUAGGAAGAUGGACAGCCGGUGGCUUUGCCUCAGGUCCUUUCUUGUCAACACACAAGUUGCAGAUUUCUUCUUCAUUGACACCAACCCUUUCGUGGACAAGUACUUUUUGAGGCAAAAGUACUACAAGCAUGACUGGAGAGGUGUUCUUCCUAGGAAGGAGUACAUCUCCAACCUCCUGAAGGAUCUAGAUUUUGCAUUAAGGAAAUUCUUGUAAACAAAAUAAGUAAGUCGUUGGAUCAACACAAUCAGAAGCAUAGGGUCUCAUGGAGACACCAAAGAAGUAGUAGACCAAAUUCUGCCCAUUCUUGAGGUAACUUCUUGUGCUGCUAUGCAUGAG